AUGACUAACGAUGAUAUUCGUUUAGGUGAUAUUAUUAUUGAAGAUGAUGGUGGUGAUAUAGUUUUAAUUGGAUUUCCAUAUGAUGAAGGUGUACGAAGAAAUAAUGGAAGAGUUGGAGCUAAAUUUGGUCCAAAUUCAUUUCGUCAAUUAUUAAAACGAACAGGAACUGUUGUUAAUGCUGAAUAUGAUGAUCUUGAUAUUAGAAAAUAUGUGAAAAUAUCUGAUGGAGGAAAUAUAAAUGAAAAUUUAAGUUUAGAAGAAGCUCAUCAACAAUUAGAAGAACGUAUUAAUCAAUUAAUAAAACAAGGAAAAAUUCCAUUUGUUGUUGGAGGUGGAAAUGAUCAAUCAUAUCCAAAUGCUUCAGCUUUAUUAAAUAAUUCAAAAUCAAUUUAUGUUAUUAAUAUUGAUGCACAUCUUGAUGUACGACCAUUAAAAGAAAAUAAUAAAGCUCAUUCUGGUUCACCUUUUAGACAAUUAAUUGAAGAUCAAAGAUUUAAAUCUAAUACUUCAAAUCGAUUUAUUGAAUUUGCAAGUCAAGGAUCUCAAUGUUCAAUAGAACAUGUGAAUUAUCUACGUUCAAAAUCCCCAUUAACAAAUAUAAUUUGGUAUCAAUCAAUUCGAAAUGAUCCUUUAACACCAUUUCGUUCAAUAAUAAAAUCCGGUGAAGAAGAUAAAUGUGAUAUAUUUGUAUCAUUUGAUAUUGAUUCAAUAAUUUCAUCAUCAUGUCCAGGUGUUAGUGCACCUGCAACUGUUGGUCUUUCAGCUGAACAAGCUUGUGAUAUUGCUUUCUAUGCAGGACAAUCUUUUCAAGUUAAAUUAAUGGAUCUUAGUGAAUAUAAUCCAUCGAUCGAAGAAUACAGAACUGGAAAACUUGUUACACUUAUUUUUUAUCAUUUUAUUCUUGGACGAGCUAAAGCAAUUAGAGAUUCAAUCAAAUAA